UUAUAGUGUGUAUCCUUGAUAUUGUCGCUAUAUCGAUGCAAGAAUUUGACUUAGUUUGAGACUUCGCUCUCUCGUAGAAUCAUGUCUAUGUCCCAUCUGUAUGGGCGUCAGGGGGAUGAAGAUGAGGAUGGAGUAGAGAUUGAGAGGUUUGAGGUGUCAGAAUGGGAUCUGGCCAAUGAGUUCAACCCAGAGCGACGCAGACACAGACAGACCAAGGAGGAAGCUACAUAUGGGAUAUGGGCAGAGUAUGACUCAGACGAUGAGAGACCCAGCUUUGGGGGCAAGAGAGCCAAGGAUUACUCUGCUCCGGUGAAUUUUGUGAGUGCGGGUCUGCGUAAAACAGCAGCUGAGGAAAAACAGGAGGAGGGAUCAGAUGCUUCAGAUGAAGAUGGACCUCCCCCUCCACCCCGUGCUACUGCACCCAAAAAAUUACAAACGGGUGGGAAUUUCAAGAGUUCUCAGAAGACAUUUGCUGCUGGGAUCAGGCCAGGGCAAGACCUGGGCACCUGGGAGAAACAUACGCGUGGUAUAGGACAAAAACUCUUGCAGAAGAUGGGUUACGUUCCUGGAAAGGGUCUUGGCAAAAACGCACAAGGUAUUGUGAACCCCAUUGAGGCAAAGGUGAGGAAAGGUAAAGGAGCCAUUGGGGCUUAUGGCAACGAGAGGACCAAGCAGUCUCUGCAGGACUUCCCCGUAGUGGACUCAGAGGAGGAGGAGGAGAAAGAAUUUCAGAGAGAGCUGGGCCAAUGGCGCAGAGAGCCUGGCACAGGGAAGAAAAAGCCUAAAUAUUCAUACAAGACAGUGGAGGAACUGAAGGCCCAUGGCAAACUGUCUAAUAAGAGUAUGACUACUCCAGCUGGAGAACUAGCUCAAGUCAAGGUGAUUGACAUGACGGGUCGGGAGCAGAAGGUGUAUUACAGUUACAGUCAGAUGCGCCAGAAGCACAGUGUUCCAGAGGAGGCCUCUCUCAGUGUGACUGCUAAAGAACAGAGGAGCUCUGGCUUUGCUCUGCCUGAGCUGGAACACAACCUCAAACUGCUCAUAGAGCUCACAGAACAGGACAUCCUACAGAGUGUGCGUCGACUGCAGCAUGAGCGGGACACUGUUGUUUCUCUGACACACGAGAGUGACGCCCUGGAGGCCAGGCUUAAGGACGAGGACGAGGCCCUGAGUCGAAUGGAACAGGUUCUGGAGAUGGUGGAACGCCUGGAGUCGGGCUCCGGCGGUGAACAGGGAAACUCUGCCAUGACUCUGCAAGAGUGCGCGGGAGUUUUUCAGAGAUUACAGAGCGAGUUCUAUCAGGAAUACAAGACCCUAGGGUUAGGGGAUCUGGCAGUGUCCGUGGUCCAGCCACUACUGAAGGAGAAAUUGCGUGGCUGGGACCCUCUGAAGGACUGCUCGUACGCUCUAGAGGAGGUUGGCCAGUGGAGGGCUAUUCUGGAGACUUCACAGCUGCCUCAAAGUGGCCCUGAUGUUGCUCACAUGGAUCCAUACCAUAGGUUGAUAUGGGAGGUGUGGGUUCCAGCGCUGAGGAGCACUGUGGCUCAAUGGCAGCCCAGGAACAUGGGCCCCAUGGUGGACUGUAUGGAGUGCUGGGCUCCCAUACUUCCCCACUGGAUCCUGGAUCACGUACUGGAGCAACUCAUCUUCCCACGGCUACAAAGAGAGGUGGAGAACUGGAACCCACUGACUGACACCGUUCCUAUCCACUCAUGGUUGCACCCUUGGUUACCCCUCCUUCAAGGCCGUUUGGAGCCCCUGUACCCGCCCAUCCGCAGUAAACUGGCACAAGCUCUUACUCGGUGGCAUCCCAGUGAUGCCUCUGCCAGGCUCAUCCUGCAGCCGUGGAAGGACGUGUUCACGGCCGGAGCCUGGGAAGCCUUCAUGGUCAAAAACAUCGUGCCCAAACUCGCACUGUGUCUGGGAGAACUGGUUGUGAACCCUCAUCAGCAGCAUUUGGAGCCGUUCCACUGGGUCAUGGACUGGGAGGGAAUGCUCUCUCUCUCCUGUAUGGUGGGCAUACUGGACAAGAACUUCUUCCCCAAAUGGCUGCAGGUUCUUUGUUCAUGGCUCAGUAACAGCCCCAACUAUGAGGAGAUCACUAAAUGGUACCUGGGCUGGAAGUCCAUGUUCAGCGACACUCUGUUGGCUCAUCCUCUGGUGAAGGAGAAGUUUAACGAGGCUUUGGACAUCAUGAAUAGAGCAGUGUCCUCUGGACUGGGUGGUUACCUGCAGCCGGGAGCUCGUGAGAACAUCGCCUACCUCACGCACACAGAGCGGCGUAAAGACUUCCAGCACGAGACCCUUCCGGAGCGGCGGGAAGCUGACAGCGUGGGCCCACGCAGCAUGGGCGUCAUGCCAACUGUGCCCACCAACUUUAAAGACCUGGUCCAAGCCAAAGCCGAAGAGAAUGGCAUCGUCUUCAUGCCACUGGUCGCCAAACGGCACGAGGGCAAACAGCUGUACACGUUUGGCCGAAUCGUGAUCUACAUCGAUCGAGGAGUAGUGUUUGUGCAAGGGGAGAAGACAUGGGUCCCAACCUCUCUACAGAGUCUUUUAGACAUGGCUAAAUAAACCUGGUUGUAGUUUUGGGAGCGUUUGUAACCAGACAACCAAACUGAAAAAGUGGUGUCUUUUAAAUACUGCUCUGUCAUCUAGAGUAAUGGGGUUUUUUUUUCUUUUUCACUGUAUUGUAAAUGUCCAAUA